AUGGACUCGUCCUUGUUCGACUUGAACUCUGUGGGCAGGAGAUCCUUGGUCCUUUGGGACAGUGGUUCUGAUGGAGUGAGCAGCACAAUGGGCGGUUGGGUUCUUGACCGUGUACAACUGGUGGUACUCCUCGGCGUCCCAGAAUGUCUUGAUUGGCUCGAUCACAGUGACGAUCUUGUCAUUCGGAUACCAUUUUUUCUGGGCCUCUUGCAAAGACUCGCGGGCGAUUUUAUCCUGCUCCUGGCUAUGGGUGAAGAUGGCCGAUCUGUAUUGGGUUCCAACGUUUGGACCCUGGUAGUUGAGUUGGGUUGGGUCGUGGAUCAAAAAGAAAAAGUCCACAAGACUCUUGUACGAAACCUUAGUCGGUUCGUACGAGAUCUGCAACGUCUCUGCGUGGUUGGUGGUAUUAGUGCAAACGGUUUUGUAAUCUGGGUUCUCAAGGUCUCCAUUAGCGUAACCAACCUUGGUGUCCAGGAUCUUUCCGUUGAACUGCUUGUUAUAAAUGUGCUCAACGCCCCAGAAACAGCCAGCAGCAACGCUAAUCACUUCGCUGGUCGGAGUAGUCUUCAACGUCUUGGAGAUGGCAGACAUGGUGAAAAAUAA